AACUUAUUUUAACUUUUUCUUACGGGAAUGGAAAACUAUUGGGACAGGAAAAACAGCUGUGUGCUAUAAAACAAAAGUUUAAUUUUGUGGACAAACGGGACCUGUUGGGGGUGGUGGUGGUAAAAGUAGUCCCGGCGGGGGGUCAUAACCCCGGAAGUCAGCGUCUGGCGCGCGUUUCAGUUUGGCGGUUUCGGAUCUGCAGUCAAACUGGUCCGGGAUGUGGUCGCGAACCAACCGAGCUGCUGAGGAGUUUUACGCUCGUCUCCUUCAGGAAUUUGAUGAAGAAAAGAAAGGAAUCUGUAAAGAUCCAUUUAUCUAUGAGGCUGAUGUUCAAGUGCAGUUGAUCAGCAAAGGCCAACCAAACCCUUUGAAAAAUAUUCUAAAUGAAAAUGACACAGUAUUCAUCGUGGAAAAAGUGCCUUUAGAAAAGGAAGAAACAAGUCAUGUUGAAGAACUACAAUCCGAAGAAACUGCUAUUUCUGAUUUCUCUACUGGUGAAAAUGUUGGACCACUUGCUUUACCAGUUGGGAGAGCCAGGCAGUUAAUUGGACUUUACACCAUGGCUCACAAUCCUAAUAUGACCCAUUUGAAGAUUAAUCGGCCAGUUACUGCCCUUCCUCCCCUUUGGGUAAGGUGUGAUGGUUCAGAUCCUGAAGGUACCUGUUGGCUGGGAGCUGAGCUUAUCAUAACCAAUAACAGCAUCACAGGAAUUGUCUUGUGCAUGGUCACCUGUAAAGCUGAUAAAAAUUAUUCUGUAAAUCUUGAAGACCUCAGAAAUUCACACAAGAAAAGACAUCACUUGUCUACUUUAACAGCCAGCGGCUUUGCCCAGUAUGAGCUCUUUAAGUCCACUGCCUUGGAUGAUACAGUUGCUGCCUCACAAACUACGAUCACUUUGGAUAUUUCCUGGAGUCCUGUGGAUGAGAUUCUUCAAAUCCCUCCACUCUCCUCAACUGCGACUCUGAAUAUUAAGGUGGAAUUGGGAGAGCCCAGAGGUCCUCUGAAUCAUCUUCACAGACAACUGAAAUUUCUCCUUGUUUUAGCUGAUGGUUUGAGGACUGGUGUAACUGAAUGGCCUGAGUCUCUGGAAGCAAAAUCUGCUGUUGAACUUGUGCAGGAAUUUCUGAAUGACUUAAAUAAGCUGGAUGAAUUUGAUGAUUCUACAAAAAAACCCACAGAGACAGUGAAACAUGACUCUGCUGCAGUUGAUCGGUCCAUGGAGUGUCUUCUCACAGUACGGGGUGAUCUCGAUUUUGCUGAGCAGCUGUGGUGCAAAAUGAGUAGUAGUGUGAUUUCUUAUCAAGACUUGGUGAAGUGUUUCACGUUGAUCAUCCAGAGUCUACAGCGUGGUGAUAUACAGCCAUGGCUUCAUAGUGGGAGUAACAGUUUACUAAGUAAGCUCAUUCAUCAGUCCUACCAUGGAACCAUGGACACGGUUUCUCUCAGUGGUAUUGUUCCAGUUCAGAUGCUUUUGGAAAUUGGUUUGGAUAAACUGAAGAAAGAUUAUAUCUGUUUUUUCAUAGGCCAAGAACUUGCAUCUUUGAAUCAUUUGGAAUAUUUCAUUUCUCCAUCAGUAGAUACACAAGAGCAGGUUCAUCGUGUUCAAAAACUCCACCAUAUUCUUGAAAUAGUAGUCAGUUGCAUGCUUUUCAUUAAACCUCAACAUGAACUCCUCUUUUCUUUAACACAAUCCUGCAUAAAAUUUUAUGAACACAAUCCUCUUGAUGAGCAACACAUUUUUCAGCUGCCAGUCAGACCAACUGCUAUAAAAGACUUAUAUCAAAAUGAGAAGCCACAGAAAUGGAGAGUGGAAAUAAACAGUGGUCAAAAGAAGGUGAAAACAGUUUGGCAACUGAGUGACAGCCCGCCUGUAGAUCAUCUGAAUUUUCACAAACCUGCUCAAGCCAAAAAGAGAGAGAGAGAGAGAGAGAGAGAGAGGUGGUCGGAAGGUAAUUAUCACAGAACCUGAAAACAGAUGUAUAUAAACCUUCGAAGGAGAAAAAGGAGGAAGAUCCUGAAGGAGAUCCCAAAGGUUCUCUGUGAAAGAUGCAGCUACAAAAUGGAUGACCCUGUCUCAGCUCAGGCUCCGCAGCAGAAGCAUCAGGAGAACUGCAGCGAUUAGUAUACAGAGGGUGCAGACUGUAGGUACCAUGAUCUCCGUCAUGAUCUGCAUGUAACUUAGAAAAGGCUCUGCGGAGGGGGAGAGAGCAACAUGGCAGAUGAGAAUGUGGUCAUUUUGGCGAAUGCAGCUUCAUCCUGAAAGCUUCAGUUGUCUGGGUAAACUUGGAAAAUGGCAUCAUCACACUUGCUAAUUAUUCUCAUUUGCUAUAAAAGAGAACCUGGUAAAUUAAAUGUUAUAAAAAAAAUUAUGUGAGGGCUUUGUAAGAUAUUUCAGAAAAUACGGAUUAAGGGCUUCCCUGGUGGCGCAGUGGUUGCGAGUCCGCCUGCUGAUGCAGGGGACACGGGUUCGUGUCCCGGUCCGGGAAGAUCCCACAUGCCGCAGAGCGGCUGGGCCUGUGAGCCAUGGCCACUGAGCCUGCGCGUCCGGAGCCUGUGCUCCGCAACGGGAGAGGCCACAA